UCAAAGAGGCAUCGUUUUGUAUCGACCGGCGUACGAAAGGUACCUGUAUCAAGUAUUACAGGAGUUUACGGACGAUAACGUGCUGUAUUUGGAAUUCCGUGGAACACUGACGCCUAUGUACGAACUAGACGGGACGCAGCUGAGUCGGGAGGAAACCGUGAGCAUUUACCGCGACACCGUGCAGCACUUCGUGGCGGACCACCCCGGCUCCUUCUACGGCGCUCGGUUCAUCUUCGCCCCGCCGAGACACGUUGACCUGGGGAAGAUGUGGGAUGACGUGACGGCGGCCAGGCAGCUGAAGGAGCAGUUCCCCGACUUCGUUGCGGGGUUCGACCUGGUGGGGCAGGAGGACAAGGGCUUCCCGCUCAAGGACCUCGUCGAGCCCCUCCUUUGGCUCAGCGAAGGCGAGGUGUUCGUGCCCGUCUUCUACCACGCGGGAGAGACCACCUGGAUGGGCAUGCCGACCGACGAGAACCUGAUCGACGCCCUGCUGCUCAACACCACCAGGAUCGGCCACGGCUACGCCAUCACCAAGCACCCGCGGGCCAAGGCGCUCGCCAGAGAAACCGACACGCCCAUCGAAGUGUGCCCCGUCUCGAAUCAGGUACUGAACAUGGUGGAUGACUUGCGGAACCACCCCGCCGCUGGCCUCGUGGCGGAGGGCUUCCCGAUGGUCGUGUCUUCGGACGACCCGGCUUCGUGGGGCGCUAAGGGCCUCUCCUACGACUUCUACGAGGCCUUCAUAGCGCUAGGGGGGGCUAAGGCCGACCUCAGGUUCCUCAAGCAACUGGCUAUCAACUCCAUGCAGUACAGCAGCUUGGAGUUCGGCGCCAAAACCGAACUGAUUGCCUUGUGGUUGGAAAAAUGGAACCUCUUCAUUUCAGAAUUCCAGUAGCUCGAGAAUUGUCCUUUUUGUGAUUAAGAGUACUUGGUUGUGAAGUGCUGUGGGUGUAUAUAAAAUCUAUUUCCUUGAAUAAAGACAUCUGAAUUUGAA